CUGGGCCUGGAGCGCUUCCACGGCGUCGCAAUCCUGGGCUCCAACAGCCCCGAGUGGGUCAUCGCUGACUUCGGGGCCAUCAUGGCCGGGGGCCUGGCAGUUGGGGUCUACAGCACCAGCUCCCCCGAGGCCUGUGGCUACAUCGCCGCCAACUGUGAGGCCAACGUGGUGGUGGUGGAGGACAACGCGCAGCUCAGCAAGAUCCUGCAGGUGCAGAAGCAGCUGCCCCACCUCAAGGCCAUCGUCCAGUACCGCGACUCACUGGAGGAGAAGAGACCCAAUGUGUACACGUGGGAGGAGUUCAUGGAGCUGGGGAGGACCGUGCCCGACUCGCAGCUGGACUCCAUCAUCCGCUCCCAGUGCGUGAACCACUGCUGCACCCUCAUCUACACCUCGGGCACCACGGGCACGCCCAAGGGCGUCAUGCUCAGCCACGACAAUGUGUCGUGGGAGGCCAAGAUGCUGAAGGAGGUGCUGGGGCUUCAGGUUCAGGAGGUCUUUAUCAGCUACCUGCCCCUGAGCCACGUUGCCGCGCAGAUCGCAGACCUCUGGCUGCCCAUGUGCGUGGGGGGUACCACCUGUUUCGCUCAACCCAACGCACUAAAGGGCUCCCUGCUCCCCACGCUGAAGGAGGUGCGCCCCACAUUCCUGUUCGCAGUGCCCCGUGUGUGGGAGAAGAUGGAGGAGAAGCUCAAAGCCACCUUCAGCCAGUCAUCCCUGGUCAAGAGAAAGCUGGUGGAGUGGGCACGGGGCAUCGGGCUGCAGGCCAGCUACAGCCGCCUGGACGGGGAUGGCUCUAUGCCCUGGGGCUUUGCCCUGGCCGAGCGCCUGGUGUUCAGGAAGGUGCGCGAGGAGCUGGGGCUGCAGCGCUGCACUGUGCUACUGACUGGGGCAGCGCCCACCGCCAAGGACACGCUGGAGUUCUUCAUGAGCCUCCACCUGCCCAUCCUCGAGUUGUUCGGCUUGAGUGAGAGCAGUGGGCCACACAGCACCUGCACCCACCAUUCCUGUCGCAUCCUCAGCUGCGGGAAGGAACUGCCAGGCUGCAGGUCCCGCAUCAAGCAGCCGGACGUGGAGGGCACCGGCGAACUGUGCUGCUGGGGCCGCCAUGUCUUCAUGGGCUACCUGGGCAUGGAGGCCGCGACACAGGAGGCACUGGACAAGGCAGGUUGGCUACGCACAGGGGACCUUGCACGCUGCGACCCCGACGGCUUCCUCUACAUUGUGGGCAGGAUCAAGGAGCUGGUGAUCACGGCAGGAGGGAAGAACAUUGCCCCGGUGCCCAUCGAGGAAGCAGUGAAGAGGGAGGUGCCAAUCAUCAGCAAUGCAAUCCUGGUCGGUGACGGCAGGAAGUUCCUGUCCAUGCUGCUCACUCUGAAGUGCAAGGUGGAUCCGGAGUCGGGGGCGCCCCUGGACGAGCUGAGCCCCGAGGCCCUGCAGUUCUGCCGGGAGCUGGGCAGCCAGGCCACGCGGGUGUCAGAGGUGCUGAGCAUGCAGGACCCGGCCGUGUACCAGGCCAUCCAGCAGGGCGUGGAGCGGGUGAACCAGCGCGCCCCGUCCCGCGCCCAUCGUGUGCAGAAGUGGGCCCUGCUGCCCAGGGACUUCUCCAUCGCCAGUGGGGAGCUGGGUCCCACAGCCAAGCUGAAGCGCCGGGUGGUGCUAGGCGCCUACGAGACCAGGAUCAGUGGCUGCUACCAGGACUAG